CCAAGAUGGAAAGGAUCAGUGUAUGGGAACUUCUAUAUAGUGAUUCGAAACGUGUGGAAUGAGACUGUCGAAAUACAUCUCUACCUAUACAUGAAGGCUGGCAUCUCAGCACUUCUUUCCCAAUACGUAUCGUCACUGGUCUCGAAAUGUUUAUUAUAGAGUGUGCACCGAUACCUUUGUGAAGCGAGUGUUCCUUCUGAAGCCUUGAAGCAUUACAUGAAUCUUUGGCUUUUUAGAGAUGCCUUAAUAAACUGUCUUAUGUGAAGGACUGAGCGCUUAUCGUAAUAUAUACUUCCUGUAAACGUGAAAAGCUUACGUGAAUGGCUCUCGGUCUGUUCUGAAGCCUUGAAACACUACAUAAAUCACUGGCCUUCGGAAAGUGUCGUCUGUGGUGAAGUAUUAAGUGCCAGUCCUCUCUGAAAACCUCAAAAGCUAACGUGAAUCGCUGUCCGUAUAUUCUGAAGCCUUGAGAUAUUACAUAAAUCACUGACUUCCGGGAGGUGCACUCGUACAUUGUCUUGUGUGAAGGAAUGAGCGCUUAUCCUCACGUGCGCCCUCUGAAAACCUCCAAAGCUACCUUCAAAAGCUGGCGGUGUAUUCUGGGGAUGAAAACAUUGAAGGCGCACUCAUACAAGGUGAAGAAUUAAGCACACAUCCUCACACGCCAGGAUGAAUGGUUCGCUGUGUACUCUGGGGAUGGAUGCAGCUCGCGUCAAGGUGUUCUCUUUCCAGAAUAACCUUGAGUCUUCAUAAUUAAUAAGCCCCGGCUGGGAGAGAUUCAGCUGCCCCACUGCCCUUUACACUCCCGCCGCCAGCCACUCUGUUGUGAGCACCAUGGACGUGGGCACUGCUGCCAGCGUAGGUGUGGCUGUUGCUUCCUGACUAAACUAAAGUGCUUUUCUGAAACACGACAUAGUAAACACCCAAGUAAACCUGAACACAUCGAAGACAAACGAAAGAAAAUUAAGUUGACGAAAAAUUUUGCGGCAUGUGGAAGCUUUAAAUGCCGUGAAUGAUCCCUGGCCAGUGCGCAGCGCUGUGUUUACAUCCCCACGCCACCAUGCGAUCUUACCUCUUCGUUCCCCUGAUCAACCCCUUCGUACCCAAACCCCACGGAGUGUACGUUGUCCUCCAGGAACCUCAACCGAGAGUCCGUGACAUCUCCGCAGGGCGCUCAAGGACUAAGCAGAGGGAGGUGUUCCACGCGCCCUUCUUCACCACCCGGUUCUGUACGGCCUGGACGGGGCUCUUCUGCCCGCUCUGCCUCGCCUGCCUCUCCUGCUUCCGGAGGGACAAGGACUCACUCAAGGUCUCCCUCAAAACCAUCGCACAGAACUUCAGGGACCGCGGCGUCACUUUCAGCUACAUGCACGUCUACUCGCUUUGGAUCUUCGACUGCACUGACGUCAUGGCUCUCUACUCUGCCCACGUCUCCUUCGUGUUCCUCCUCUCGUGGGUGAUCCUGCAUGACCAGUUUGUCGGCGUCAGGACCUCGUCGAGAAGACACACACCUGGGCGUCUCCAGGAUCCUUCUGACACACAGAGAUAGUAUGCAGCCAUCCUUGAGGGCUGAGGAAGGGGAAGGAGUGAAAGGAAGUGAAGAAGAGGCACAAGAAGAGUAGGAAGCUUGUGCAGGGCGGAGAGGAGCAGGUAGUGUGCAGGCUGGAGGAGCAGAGGCUUGUUAGAUGAGAUUACUGGGCGGAAUGGGCGGCACGAGGGAGGUGCGUAAUUACACCAACCAAUAACUGCAAACGUAAACUUUCGGGUCGUGGCGCCUGAAUUACCGCCAAUAAUCAUCUGGCGGCAGGCGAUUCCCACACCCUGGCCACCGCUUUGCCGCCGCCCGUGACUCUGACUCCCGGCCGGCAAUGCAGCUCGGGUUGUUCCUCCGUCAGUAGAAGCAACUAUAAAGGAGGUUUAGUGGAGGAAAGCUUGUAUUGUUGUCAGUGUGGCGGGUUUAUGUUAUCACGUGUAGUUGUAUGUAUCGAGAACACCUGAACAUCAUUACCUGUAGUUGUUUAUAUCGAGAACACCUGAUUCGCUUCUCGUGAUAAGCUAUGAUGGUCUUAAUCAGUGAAUCGUUUUGUCUCUAACAUCAUGCACCGUUGCUGUCAUAUACUGUGUUCUGCUUUUGCUGCUUUUCUUCCUCCUCUUCUUACUCUUUAUUUUCCUCCUUCUCUUCCUUCUUAUUUUUUAUUCUUCUUCUUCUCCUUGUUCUUGUUCUUGUCCUCUUUCUCGCUCUUUCACUUCUCUCUCUCUCCCUCCCCUUCUCUUCCUCCUCCUCCUCCUUCUACUCCUCCUCCUCCCUCCACACAGACACACUUCCCCCUCUUCCACUUCCAUUUCCACACCUACAAUUGCGCUACAAACAGCAACAUAACAGCAACAACAAAGACAGCAAAA